GUUGUUAUUGUUAAUUUAAUAAAUAAAUAAAUAAUUUUAUGUCAGUGCAGCAGCAAUGUAUAAACUAUUUACUUAAAAAAAAUGUUAAUAUAAAUUUUUUUUAAAUAUUAUUUAUUUGACCUAAUUAAACGUUAAUCUUAUCAUAAAGUUUGAUUAAAAAAAAUUGAUGUAAUUUAGUCAAAACACACACACACAUUAACAAGUAAUAAAUAAUAAAAAAUUUAAUUUAAUAAUGGAUAUUGAUACUGCAAGUGACAAUACAUCAAUUGACGACAAAACUGAAGAUUUUUGUGAAAAUCCAACUCGAGAUGCUCUUACAGAGGGUCUUAUGAGUUUAUUAAAACCAACAGUUGAUCAACUUGAUGACCGUAUCAAAGCAACUAGAAUAAGUCAAAUUGAAUUGAAGCAAAAAAUUGAAUCAUUAACUGAAGAGCUAGUUAAAAUAUCAGAAUAUUUACAGUGUCCAUUUGAGAUUGAUAGUUAUGUUAAAAAAUUAGUAAAUGCUAAACAACGUGUAACUGUUAUCAGUAAUAUAUUACAAACAACACAAGAAAGAUUAAAUAAAAUUCACGAAGCUGUUGAAAAAGAUACAUCAAAAAGAAAAUCACUUUUAGAUCAUAGUUCAAUGUAUCCAGUUGAUUUACCUCAAAAAAAUUCAACUGAACCUGAUCUUGCUAGUUUAUCUGUAUCUGAAAAAAAAUAAUAUUUAAAGGU